AUGCAUGUCUUUGUCACUGGUGCAACUGGCUUCAUUGGCCAAGCCGUGGUCCAGGAGCUUCUCGAUGCCGGUCACAGUGUUGUCGGCCUUGCUCGCUCAGACGCAUCGGCAGCUGCGCUGAAGUCCAAGGGCGUCGAUGUGAUCAAAGGCUCUCUUGAAGAUCUUGAAGCUAUCAAGAAGGGCGCCUCCGAGUCAGACGGUAUUAUCAAUCUCGCCUUCAACCACGACUUCACCAAAUUUGCAGAGAACGCCAAGAUCGAGUACGCCGCUAUCAUGGCCAUGGGCGACAUUCUGACAGGAACCAAUCGCCCCAUGGUACUCGCAUCCGGCACUAUGAUGCUGCCCAAGGGCAAGCUUGUUACAGAGGAAACAGGCCCCGACUUGGACUCUCCUGUGAAUGUUCGAGCCUCAACUGAACAAUCGGUGGACACGCUUGCGUCCCGAGGCGUGCGAGCCAGUGCCGUUCGUCUUUCACCCACAGUCCAUGGGGACAAUGAUCAUGGAUUCAUUUAUCGGAUCACCCAAGUGGCACGUGCCAAGGGUGAAUCUAUCUAUCUUGGCGAGGGUCUCAACCGAUGGCCUGCCGUUCACCGCUUCGAUGCUGCACGCCUCUUCCGUCUUGCUCUCGAAAAGGGCGUUGCGGGCGCUAGAUAUCACGGUGUGGCUGAGGAGGGUCUCAGAUGGAAGGACAUUGCGGAGGCCAUUGGCAAAUCGGCCGGGAUUCCGACUUCGUCCAUUACAUUCGAGCAAGCUGCCGCGCAUUUUGAUGGUGGCUUUAUGGGACAUGUCAUUGGUGCUGACAACCCAGCAUCUAGUAAGAAGACACAGGAGGAGCUCGGAUGGACUCCUACUGGGCCGACUUUGCUCACUGAUAUCAACGAUGGGGUGUACACUCAAGAUUGA